AUGGACAAUCUAAGACUGUGGAUGAGCGGCUGGCACAUUGGCCUCCUUACCAUUAUUUUUUCAGUAUUGAGCUAUCUCCAUGUCCAAAAGCGUCGCCAGGAUGAAGCCGAUACGCUCUUUGGAUGGCAGCACGGCUGCCAACCCAUUAAAAAAAAACUGCCCUACAAGUGGCCGUUGGCGAUUGAUGUCUUCAAAGGCCAGUACAACGCAUUGAUGCGUGGAAACUUGCUCGCCUACCAAGCAGACUUCUUCCAAAAAUUCAAAGUUGGCCAAACCUUUGAGGUCAGGCUCCUGGGCCGUGUCGGCUACUUUACCAUGGAUCCCACGAAUCUAGAGCAUAUGCUACAGACACACUUUGACAAAUGGGAACUUGGUAAUAGUCGCGAUGCACUUUUACCCAUGAUCGGCAACGGCAUCUUCACCCAGGACGGUCAAGCCUGGAAGCAUUCGCGUGAGCUUCUCCGACGACAAUUUAUGAGGAUGCAAUAUCAGGACGUAACGAACUUUGAAGAGCCCGUCAAUGACUUGCUGGCGAAUCUGCGGCGUUGCGCUGGUGUUGUCGAUCUUCAACCCGCCUUCUUCAGUUUCACAUUAGCGACCACUAUCGCUCUCAUUUUUGGUGAGCCUUUCGUAGGCAUCAAGCAAAGCGAACACGACACGUUCGCGGCAGCCUUUGACUACACGUCCUUAAUCUCGGCGAUGCGCAUGCGACUAGCUGAUUGGCACUGGGUUUAUAACCCCCGUAAAUACAGGAAAGCCUGUGCUCUGAUCAACAACUAUGCUACGCAAUACGUCAAUCACGCUCUGAAAGAAAUGCACGAGAAUGGGGAGGAAGCUGCUACCAAGCGCCAUCCCUUCAUCCUCGACCUUUUCAGAGGGCUCCAGAAUCCCAAGUUGGUCCGGGAUCAACUCAUGAACGUAUUAAUUGCGGGCAGAGAUACUACUGCCUGUCUGAUGUCAUGGGCGUGUUAUCAGCUAGUCCGACACCCAGCAUCCCUGGAGCGCCUUCGCCAAGAAAUCAUGUCUUUUACCACAACCGGGGAAAGGUUGACCAGAGCACACAUCAACAAGAUGACUUACCUUCGAUGCGUCCUCAACGAGACCAAUCGAUUGUACACUCAAAUCCCGAAAGGUGGGAGGGAUCAGAGUUGCGGAAUCUUGGAUUUGCUUUCAUGCCUUUCCAUGGUGGACCAAGGUUAUGCCUCGGAAAAGAUUUUGCACUCACGGAGGCAUCGUACGGCCUUAUUCGUAUCCUCCAAGAGUUUCCAAACCUCAGGAUGGCGCCAGGCUCUUCGAAAGUAA